AUGAUAUCUGGUCGUCUUACGCGUUGGCUGCUGCAGCUAUCUGAAUUUGAUAUUACGUGCCCAACUCCUAAGGCCAUGAAGGGACAAGCUGUGAUUGACAUGCUGGCUCUAUUUCCCGAGGUAGAAGGAUCAACUCUUUCUAAGGAGGUUUUGGGGGAGCUGCCGGAAAUGGUGGUUGCUGUGACGGAGGAGGAGCCAUGGACCCUCUACUUUGAUGGGUCUUCUACAUCAAAGGGUGGAGGAGUAGGUGUAGUGCUCAUUAAUCUCGAUGGGCAUGCUACAGCUCUCUCAUUCAAGUUAGAUUUUCCAUGCACAAAUAAUGUGGCAGAGUAUGAGGCUUUUAUUAUGGGAUUGUCCACUGCCAGGGAAAUGGGUGCAGAAAGGAUGAAGAUCAUUGGCCACUCUAAUUUGGUACUAACUCAAUUGCAAGGAAGCUUUGCUGUGAAGGAGGUAACCUUGGCACCAUAUUGGACAGCUGCUGAAAGGCUUAUUAAUUCCUUCAAGCAAAUAGUGAUGGAGCACAUUCCGGGAGUCACCAACAGGUAUGCUGAUGCCUUGGCUACGUUGGGAUCAAAGCUCUCAUUUGUGCAGGAGCAACCCAAUAUUACAGUAAUAAGGAAAGACGCACCGGUUAUCGAAGCAAUGGUCCAGGCGGAGCUGCUGGAAUAG